AUGGCUUUCGCCGGCGGCGACAGUGCAUUUUUUCUUAUCGCGGACGGAUCCGACUUCGGCUUGGGAAACUGGGGUUUUUGGGCGAUUACGUUGGGCUACGGGGUUGUGAAAGCACGCAAGGCCAUGACUUGGGGCAGAAAGAAUUUGCACAUAGUUGCUCGAUUGUAUCGACCCAAUAAGACUGGCCAGAGGUAUUGCAAUGAGGUCACUGCUGCUGGGGCUCACUUCUCACUCGGAUCAGAACCCGAGCUCGACUACCAUAGAAUGAAGCGCAUGGAAGGCAAGGGUCAUAGUGCGGUACAUGCCAUGAAGCAAGCUGGAGGAGCACAUGCAAAGUCACUUUCUUGGCCCGUCUGGCGACUGCUUCUCCUUGAUGAACCCAAGGAACCUCCCUUUGUAACCCGAUCUCCAACAUCAACCACAACGCAUGGACGCCUCUCUCGAAUCUUUUCCUUCCCCUCUUCUCCCCGCGGUCCGGCUGUGAAGCUCUCCAUCCACCCGAAUCAGCCCGAUCACUGCCGACCCAGUGGACUUUGCCCUUCGGCUACCAUUCCGCCAAUUUGCAUGUACCUCGGGUGGAUCCCGAGAGGUUCCCCAGGUCCCUCUUUUUACCUCUUCCUCUCCUGGUCUACACAAUCGAAGUCUGCGCAUGCAUCAUUCCUGCCCUUGUCAUGGAUGAUGGGCGCCGGCCAACCCCUCGCUCGACUCGUCUGUGCCGAGCUUGCGACGGCACUCGCCCAGGUCCAAUGCGCCAAACCCCCCGUCGGGAGCUGUCUUCUUCAAUAA